CGCUUCACAAUGAAGCCCCUCAGUCGCGUCUCCUCACUUCCCUGAGAAAUGUCGUCUGCAAACAGCCGUUUUCAUCGAUAAAGUCCCCAGUCAUGGAGUUUGAGACGAAAAUCUACCCUAAGAUCGGUGGAUACGGUCGAUACAACCGUAUAGUAACACUUUUCAGCUGGUUCCCAAACUUCGCGGUGUCGCUGAAUCUUUUCAGCGAUGUUUUCUUCACGCUCGUCCCAGAGUCUUACCACUGCAAACCGGAUCUAACGUUACUGCCGUCGCCCGGUGCUCUCGGUAACCUCUCCAGACAAGAGUACCUCAACCUCACCAUCCCGUGGGAGAAGGGAUCCGGGUUCAGCCGCUGUGAGCUCUACAAGUACCCGGCGAAUUUAAGCAGCCAGACGGGUAACCUGCUGAGAGAAGCCGUGCUGUGCACCGGAGGAUACGAGUUCAGCAAACCCGCAGGCCUUCAGAAUAACCUAGUGACUGAGUGGAACUUGGUGUGCGACGACUACUGGAAAAUCCCACUCCAUCAUAUUUGUUUCAUGACGGGCUGGAUUCUGGGUUAUAUUCUCUUCGGCACUGUUUGUGACUGGUUAGGUCGCCGGCCGUCUCUUCUGCUGUCAGUGGUUUCGUCUGGUCUACUGGGAGUAAUGAUUUGUCUUUCAAACAGCCCGUCAACUAUUCCUCUUCUCCGUCUCUGUCAAGGCCUAACAUUAGCUGGAGUGUUUUUGUCCUCCUAUAUUGCACGUCUGGAGUGGUGUGACCCGUCUCACCGGCUGAUGGUUUCUAUGGUCAGUGGCUUCUUCGCUGUGUUCGCCGAGCUUGUGUUGCCAGGACUGGCCGUUCUUUGCCGCGAUUGGCCGGUGCUUCAAGCUGUCGCCACGCUGCCCCUGUUACUGCUGCUUUCCUAUUGGUGUUGUGCUUCAGUGUUUCCAGAAUCGCCUCGUUGGCUUUUGGCCACAUCUCAAAUCUAUCAGGCAAAAAUAUGUCUUCAGUCUUUCUCGACACGAAACGGUGUGUGUGUGAGAGAUGAGCUGUUCCCUGCUGAAACACUGCUGUCAGAGAUAGAUGAGACGUUCGGUGAAGAUGUUCAGGCAAAGUUUCAUAAUGUUUUGGAGAUGCGUCACACCAGAGUCAUGUGGAGAAACUGCCUUAUUUUGGGAUUUACUCUUUUCAUUGGCACGGGAAUCCAGUACUGCUUCACUCGUAACUUGCACAUCUACUCGCCUCACUUCUACUUCAGCUAUUUUCUGCGCGUGUUGACCGGAGCGCUGGCCUGCAUCUUCCUCUGCAUAACUGUGGAUCGUUUCGGUCGCAGAGGGAUCCUGCUGCUGUCCGCCAUCCUCACCGGCCUGUCUUCACUGCUACUGCUGGCUCUCACACAAUAUCUGCGUGGGGGGCUGGUUCUGGUCCUGUCUGUAGUCGGUCUUCUCUCGUCUCAAGCUUUGGCUAUGCUCAGUGUGUUCUUUGGCAGUGAGGUCAUGCCCACUGUUGUGCGUGGUGGUUCGUUGGGUCUGAUCAUGGCCGCGGGCUGCGUCGGGAUGGCUGCAUCCUCUCUGAUGGAGCUGCAGAAUAACGGCGGUUAUUUCCUACACCAUGUGGUCUUUGCUUCCUUUGCCGUCCUCUCCGUCCUCUGCAUCAUGCUGCUCCCGGAGAGCAAACACAAACCCCUGCCAGACUCCCUUAAAGACGGAGAGCGUCAGCGGCGUCCUCCCCUCUUUCUCCCACGCAUCGACAGGGACAACCCGCCACUGCUGCGCACUCGUCCGGACGCUUGCGAAUACAACCGGGAUAGCUACUCCCGUCUGGUGAGCGCCACCAAGAAGAUGCUCGCGAAAGACACGCUUCCAUUCAAGAUCACUGUGUCAUCGCAAGCUCCUCUGCUGCCCAGCAAUGGAACAUCUCAGGAGACCCAGAAUGACUCGUCCUAGCAUUUGUGUUUUAAGAUGAGGAAAGCACCUGUGUCCACACGCUUCAUCUCAUUUACUAGCCGUGUCGGUCACAGUCUCUUCUAUGGGAAGAGGUCUCGGUGCUAUUUCAUUAAACUGUAGAAUAUGACCGUUUGGAUGAAGAAUGUUCUCAUGUUCUCAUGUGUUUAGUUUUCUAUAACUUUGUAUGUUCGUUUUUUACUUUUUUCCUAAAAUGAGGGACAGUCUAAAAGUAUUUUGCACCAAUGUUGUUCUCAGACUUAAUACGCUUGAUGUCGUAUAUCAUGUUGUAUCUGGAAGUUUAAGUAUGAGGAUGAUAACCACUGAUAGUCAGGGAUAGGUCACCUUAUAUAAAAAAAACAUUCAACCUCAUGUCAUUCACAACCGUUAUAAAUCUCUUCUGUGGAACACAAGAUAUUUUGAGAAAUGUUACAAAGAUUUUACAUCUUCUUCUGCAGAAGAUAGAAAGUCUUACAGAUUUGAAAUGACAUGGGGGUGAAUAAAUGAUGAAUUGCAUAUUAUUUUUGGGUGAACUAUCCCCAUGCCUCCUGUGACUAACAGAGGUACAAGUGUUCUUCUUAAAAAACACAUCGACCUCGGUUCACUGGUGACUGACUGAAGAGUGCUCAAACUCAACACUAUAUCACAGUUCUCAGAAGCACUCCAUGACGUCUGUAUCACUUGUGAAAAAUCAAAACGUGUUUUGUUUACUCCGUCAUUUGUUGUUGUGGAAUGACGUCAUCUCAUUUGCUUUCUCAUUCCUGUAUCAUUUCAAUGUGAAGUUUUCCAUGUGCCAAAAAAAACUGCAACGGAGCCAAAUCUGGCAAAGCAACAAGGGAAGUCUUUGUCAUUUUUUUUUAACUUCUUUACGUGUUUAAAUUGGAAAUAAACCAUGAAUUGUGCCGA